AUGCGAGAGCAACUAUGCGUUGCUGUCACUGUUGCUCUCAUGGGCAGCGUCUCUGCUGGCAUAGCAAACACGUUUCAAGUGAUUGGUAACACGGGCGUCUCUGCCAUGCAGAUGUUCUACGACAGGGGGCAUCUCUACAUCCUCGACAAGGCAGAGAACAACGCUCUGCAAGUAGCCGGCCAUCCGGCCUGGGCGGCUGUCUACUCGCUCGCAGACAAUACCCUUCGUGCGCUCGACGUCGCCGGCAACACUUUUUGUGCGAAUGGUGGUACGCUCGGCAACGGCACCUGGGUCAACUAUGGCGGCACAGGUGCGGUCGAUCCGGGCGUGUACCAUGACGAGAACGGACUGCAAGAUAUCAGAUUGGUCACGCCGAAUGCGCAAGGCGAUGCUCAGUGGCACACUGUCGGCAAGAUGCGCAAACCCCGUUGGUAUGCCAGCAUAGAGACGUUGCCCGAUGGUCGCAAUUUCAUCGCUGGCGGUAGCUUCCACGGCGGAUUCCUCGGCCUGCCUUACCAUUCCGGCGCGACUUACGAGCUUUGGCCUUCCAAUGAGCCAGAGAUGCCUACCCGUAUAUUGCAAGCAGCUCAGCCGUGCAAUCUGUAUCCGAACACGGCAGUCAUGCCCGAUGGCCGCAUCUUCAUGACUGCAGGCUACUCGGCUGCUAUCAUCGAUCCCAUCACCAAGCUCGAGAUCGCACUGCCUGAUAUACCCACCGCCUGGCGCAACUAUCCUGCUUCCAGCGCGAUGAGUAUUCUGCCCCUCAGGCCAAGCCGUGACUAUCGAUUUGAGGUCCUCCUUUGCGGAGGCUCGAGUAUCUCAGGCAGCGUGCUGGGGCCACAACGCGCUCUCGUUGACAUCACGCAGAUGCUCGCAACUAAAUCCUGUGUCAAGAUUGCACCCCUCGAUCCCAACCCAGUCUGGAUAGAGCAAGACCCGAUGCUCGUCGAGAGAGUCAUGGGCACCUUUGUCAUGCUGCCGACUUUGAAGCUCUUGCUCAUCAAUGGAGCUCAGAGCGGGCUUGCGGGCUACGCAGAUAGGCAUCAGUUCCCCGAUGAGCCCACUGUCGGGGAGUCCUACGCCGAUCAUCCUACUUAUCGGCCACAUCUCUUUGACCCGACCAAGCCGAUCGGGUCGCGAUGGACAAAGAUGCCCAUUAUGACCAACAUACCGAGGAUGUAUCAUUCCACGGCGAUACUACUGCCAGAUGGCAGCGUAGCACUGGCCGGCUCGAAUCCGAACGCCGAUGUGAGCUCGGCCAACUAUGCAACUGAAUACAGACUCGAGGCUUUCCGUCCUUACUACUUUGACUGGCCUCGGCCACAACCCAUCCAAGGCGUCACGCAUCUAGGUUACGGCGGACCUGCUUUCACUCAUACGCUCGACAGAUCUGAUCUCAAUGGCGAGCCAGUCAGCUCGGUCAUGAUCACGCUCGUGCGCUCAGCCUUUUCGACGCACGGCGUCAAUUGGGGACAGCGCGGACUGGAGCUCGUUCAUGUCGCAGGUCCGCUCAGACAGGACGGCUCAGUUCAGCUGACCGUCAACAGCUUGCCCGCUAACAAGGCGUUGUUCCCACCCGGCAAAGCGUUGCUGUUCGUGGUCGUUGGAGAUAGACCGUCACACGGCAUAGAAGUCACGAUCGGGCCAGGCACCGUUGGCUGA